UGAGAAGAUUGGGAUGGGAAGGGGUUCGGAGUCGGAGUUGAACGGAUGGAGCCGAGCUCGAGGUUUGGUAGUGAAGACUCUAGUGCUAAUUGGAGGCGCCAUUUUGAUCAAGAGAUUCACCAAAUCUACCACUCGCUGGUACCACGCUAGAAUCGUUGUUCGUUCCCUUAGCGGCGAAGAGCUGAGAGCGUGGAUGGUUCAAAGGUUUUAUAUUUCGAACAGGUUGGUUCAACUCACUGCCCAGUUAAUCUUUCUGUCUCCAAAAUUUCAGUUAAUAUGCAUCAAUUUACUGGUUUUCACUUGGCUAUGCAUUUUGAAGGACUCCUCAGAAACCCUUUCGGCAGGUAAGCUAUAUUGCGAAGAGCUUUGCUGAUCGGACAACCUAUGACAACUGAAGUUUUAAUGAAUAAUGGACAAACCAUAAGUUAAACUCUGUGCUUUUAUUCUUUGUGUUUUCCUUUGAUCUUUUAGCUAUUUUUUUGUGGAACACCUUACCUCAUACAGUUCUGACAGUUUUUUGGUU